GCGCCCUGGCGGCCCAGCAGGAGCUGCGAGGGCCCCGCACACCUCGGCGCCGCGGCCCCGGGCGUGCCCCUCGGCAGCGCGGCGGCCCUCGGCGCGGCGCUGGCGGGCCCCAGCGCCGCGCAGUCGCCGGACGAGGGCGCCGCCGAGACCGCGGCCGCGCCGGCGACGAGCGGCCGCCGCAGCGGCCGCGGCCUCGCCGAGGCCGAGGCCGCCGCGGCCGAGGCCACGGGCGCGGGCGGGCCGGCGCCGUGGGAGGCUCCCGCGCGGGCGCCGUUCGUGCCGGCGGGCCCGUUGGGGUUCGAGGCGCAGGGCCCUGGGGCGUUCGACCGCGCGCGGGAGGGCGGCGGCGCGGGCGGCGGCGGGCGCGCCGCGGGGCCGAGCCCGGCGUGCACCCAGGACACCGCCAUCGGCGCCGGGCUCGGCGCUCUCCUCAGGCGGACCGUCCAGGGCGCGCCGGCCACGGGCGAGGAGCACACCGCCGGCCAGGUCCUGUCCGGCUCGGGCGGCGGCCACGUGGCGACCUUCCAGAGGGGAGCGGGCGGCCUGCCGGGCCACAGGACGCCCUUCAAGGAGGACCUGCUCCGGCAGCGCGGGCCGGUGCCGGCCCCGGAGUACGAGGCGGUGCCCGGCGAUGAGCUUGACCAGCGGGUGCAGCACCUCGCCGUGCAGCUGCCGGGGCACCUCGGGGAGUGCCUGCGGAUCUGGCGCGUCGCGCGAGGUCGGCCGGCGGCAGCGCUCGGCACCGUCGCCGGUCCUGGCCACUCCCAUCUUGGGCCCAGGAUCGGCGGCUUCUCUUGCCGUCUUUCCCGGGCCAGGAGGCCGUCCAAACACCGAUCCUGGGCCCAGGAUCAACCUGGCCCGAAUCGGCGGUACGCUAUACAGUCAAAAUUUCGACUGAAGUAGCUGUCGUCGCCCCAAAAGGCGAGUACGAGAUAGGCGCAGACAGGGUGCGCUUAGAGUGGCGAUCACAGCAGGUGCCGAGCGGCCCACGCGUCCAAGAGGUGGCCAGCAGGGAGGUCUUCGUUGUCGGGGGAGGUGAGAAGGCCAGCGAGCCACUGCCGCUGUAUCUGCGACACACCGCAAGCGUUGCCUAUGACCUGCAGUUCGGUGGCCCGCUGGCCAAAGUGCCGCAGCGCAGCCGCUUGUCCUUCGCCGAGCAGGUUGGCAUUCCCCUGGCUGGCAGCGACGGCGAGGCGAAGUUCGCCGCGAUGGCGGUCGCCACAGAGCAAGCAAGACUGCGGGAGAAGGCGGCUGCCGAGUGGCAGAGGGCAGUCCGAAGCGAUGCAGCGUCUUCACUACCACAGCCGUACAGCCAUUGAAUACGGAUGCAAGUAAGCGGGUGUAGGCAAGCGCGAUGCAAUGUCCACAUUGCCACAGCCGUGCAGCCAUUCUGCGUAGGAAUUCGGGCAAUGGCACGAGCUUCGAACAGAGUUGCUAAGCUCCAUCGCUAGUGCCGCAGCUAGCAGGCUGAAAAUACACCGUCGAUGUCGCCGAUGUUGCAAGCGCAUUGGCCAGCACCGCUAAAGUCAGUCGGUCUCUCAGGCUAGUUUUUUCCUGAAUGGCCUUCCUCGUGUCGCCAUUUGUGUCCGACGCCGCUUUCGCUGGAGCUGUUUCGCUUGACGUCUGCCAUCGUUUGGCUUUACGUUCUCGCGCGCCACUUGAUCAUGGCCGUCUCUCAGAAACUCUUGAACAGGUGUCUGCGUCUUCGGUUUCCCGA